GUGAAUGAAGUCUGGAACACAAUGUCCGAGAAGGUGUUGGAGACAGAGACUCAGACACCAUUUAACAAGCAUCGUCGAGCACUUGAAUCACCAAGGCAUGGAGGGCUGCGAACCAAGUGCUGGUAAAUGGGAUUGGUGUAGAUGAGUAAAUAACGGUGGGCAUGUAUAUGGUCGGCUGGCUGAAUGGCUUAUGCGAUACGAUACGAUACGAUAGAACUUUAUUUAUCCCAGGAGGGAAAUUGAUCAGCCAACAGUCAUAAAACACACAAUACAAGAAACAAGAAAUUAAGGUGAUGAGCGGAAAGGAUUGGGAAUAUUUCUCUGCUGUAGUGUUAUGACAGCAGAGACUGACCGCUGGUGUGUUGAAGUUAACCAGGACAGAUCAGUAACCGACUACUGCAUGCGUGGGCUGGGCUGGAAUAGUCCAGGGCAGUUGGUGUCCAUUGGCUGAGUCGGGAUGGCAUAGGUGUUGCUGUGCUUUUGCAAGUUCGAGGGACGUGUGGCUGGUGUGUAUAUGGGGUUAGAUGGGAUAGGCCAGGGAGCAGAACAUAGAAAACAGAAAAUAGCAGGAACAGGCUGCUUGAUCCUUCACCAUUCAAUAUAACCAUAUAACCAUGUAACAAUUACAGCACAGAAACAGGCCAUCUUGGCCUUUCAAGUCCGUGCCGAACACUUAUUUUCCCCUAGUCCCAUCUACCUGCACUCAGACCAUAACCCUCCAUUCCUUUCCCAUCCAUAUACCUAUCCAAUUUAUUUUUAAAUGAUAAAAUCGAACCUGCCUCCACCACUUCCACUGGAAGCUCAUUCCACACAGCUACCACUCUCUGAGUAAAGAAGUCCCCCCUCAUAUUACCCCUAAACUUCUGUCCCUUAAUUCUCAAGUCAUGUCCUCUUGUUUGAAUCUUCCCUACUCUCAAUGGGAAAAGCUUAUCCACGUCAACUCUGUCUAUCCCUCUCAUCAUUUUAAAGACCUCUAUCAAGUCCCCCCUUAACCUUCUGCGCUCCAAAGAAUAAAGACCUAACUUGUUCAAACUUUCUCUGUAACCAUGACCAUGAGUGGUCUGCCCUAGGCUUCAACUCCUCAUCUAUAUGAAUUCCAGAGUGCCUUCCACAUGUUGAUUUUUCAAAAUUGCAUCACCCUCUCAUUAAAUGCCUUCAACAAUCAGUGGUCAAGAAUUCUCAAGGGCAAUCAUCCUCUGUGAGAAGAUGUUGCAAUGCCCCACAGUUUUAAAGGACUUCUCCCUAGUUUUGCAAUGAUGUUCCCUUGUUUGCGACUCUGGUGUGUAUGGGGUGUUGCCACUUCUGAGGUGUCGGUGUGGAUGAGGUAAAGAUUGCGCUGCUGUACAUGAUUGUGAUCAUUGGGAUUUACGUAGAGAGGGACGGCACAGCUACCUUGUCUGUGCGGUUGUUCCCUGCCCAGUUUUAUUUCAAAAUCUGAUUGGAGGUGGAAAGUCUGAGCUGUCUGUAAUGUGAAACUAGAAGAAUCAAAACUGGUUUACAGCAAAUAGUUCACUGAGAGACACGGAACAUUACUAUUGGAUUUCUAACUUCAAAGUCAAUUACAUUGGAGCCAUAGAGUUGUACUACAGAAAAAUGGAUCCUUCAAGCCAUCACGUUCAUGCCAACCUUUUUGUCCAUCUACCCGGCAAGUGGAAUUAGACUGAAAGAAGUGCAAGUGAAGAGGUCCUGCUACCUUGUGCUGAUACACCCAUGCCUGAGUACGAGACCAUGGAUGACCAACCCUCACAAGGGACUGACAAUGGCAAGCCAGCUUCAAAACCGGACCUCCCCAAAGUGAGUGGUCGAGCCUGGGGAAGACUGCUGAAACUCUUUCACCUGAACACUUCUGUGAUCUUCAUCUUGGCAACUGAGUUCUUUGAAAAGAUUGCUUUCUUUGGACAAAAAGCUAUCCUGGUGUUGUUCUUCACUGAUGGACUCUCCCUGUCUGAGAGCAAGGCCACAUCUCUCUACCAUGUCUUCACCUUCUUUGCAACAACCUUCACCAUCUUGGGAGCCUUCCUCUCCGACUACGUCUGUGGUCGAUACAGGAGCAUUCUCAUAUUCUCCAUCAUAUUCCUGGGUGGUGCCACUCUUUUGUCGGCUACUGCUUAUCCAAUACCAAUUGGGAUGCCAGGGGUUGGUUCCGCCAUUGGACUCUUCCUCAUUAGUUUGGGAUUCGGCAGCAUCCAAUCCAACUUGUCACACUUUGGUGCUGAUCAAAUUGGUAUGAAAGAGGAGAAACAAUACUGGACGUACUUUUCACUUUUCUACUUUUCUGUAAAUUUGGCAUCUUUGAUUUCCGGGAUUUGCGUACCGAUUUUGCGAGAGGAUGUCAAGUGUCUCAAUGCAGACUGCUUUCCCCUUGCAUUUGGAGUUUGUUCAAUAGCCGUAUUGGUGGCUCUAGUGAUCUUUGGAGUAGGCACACCCAGGUACAAGAUCUACCCACCAUCUGGUAACCUGUUCUGCAAAGUCUUCUCUGCCACAUGGAGCGCCCUGAAAAACAAGAUCAAGUGGCUCAGGAAUAAGAAGAAUGAGAAGGCCAGGGAGCAUUGGUUGGACUGGGCCGACCCACGCUAUGAGCAAGAUCUCAUCAGUGAUGCCAAGAAGCUAUACAACCUGUUGGUGUUAUACCCACUGAUGCCAAUGUACUGGGCACUCUAUGAGCAACAGGGCUCACGGUGGACUCUACAGGCCCAUGAGAUGGAGCUCAGCAUGGGAUCAAUCACACUGAAACCUGACCAGCUGCAGAGCCUGAACCUGUUCUUUGUGCUGUUCCUGUUGCCGAUAUUUGAAGGAAUCAUCUAUCCUCAGUUUGAGAAGAUAAACUUGCUGUUACAGCCGGUCACACGGAUGUCCAUUGGGCUGUUUGGAGCAGUGGUUGCAUUCCUUAUUGCUGGGAUUGUCCAGCUGCAAAUUCAGAAGUGGCAGCUUCCACCUCAGCCAGACGGUGUGACUGAAUUGAAAAUCUUUAACGGAGCUCUUUGCAAUCUUAACAUCGAUUUCUUGGAAAAUCAUCUUGUGAUGGAUCAGCACGCGUUGUCUCCCAGCUAUCCCGUGCCCAUGGUUCCCUACACACUGCGCAUUGUUCCUGAACGCUGCUCACUGCCUCCAGUGUCAGGAAGCAUCAACUUCACGACCGACUCAAAGGCCAGGAGUACCCUCUUCAUAGUGCAAGAUCUCAAAACCAGGGAAUUGAAUGUCACACAGAUUCCGGACAACACAGUGAAGAUUUUGGAUAACUUAGCUCUUGUUCGGAUCUUCCCCUUGCUGGGAACAGCAUCACCAAACCGCAACAGAACUGUGAGACUGAAGUGCAAACCGGAUGCUUCAGAAAAUCUGCAUGUGAUACCAUUUGUUCCAUCAGCCUACACACCCGUACAAUUUGGCAGGUGUUCUUUAGAGCUGUCAGAUGGAGUUGGGCUCAGUUUUACCCCUAUUGAGGACGAGGUGGAGCUGAAGCAAGGUGGAGUUUAUACAAUUGUUCUCCAUCAAGCUAAUAACACAGAGAAUGUGACCGUGCAGUUGAACAUUGACAGCUGGCCAAAGACUGUCUCCGUGCUCUGGCAGAUUCCUCAAUAUUUUGUUAUCUCAAUCUCUGAGAUACUGUUUGUGGUGCCUGGACUACACCUGGCCUAUACUCAGGCUCCGUCAUCGAUGAGGUCCGUGACGAUGGCAGCUUGGUUUGCCACCAAAGGGAUUGGAAAUCUCAUUGUGGUGAUUGUGGCUGAGAGUACACUAAUAACCAAUCAGGCGGUGGAGUUCUUCGUGUUUGCUGCACUCAUGGGAUUGACCACACUCAUCUUCUUCGUCACUGCAAGGUUUUAUGAAUAUCACCCGAUCGACACCAAAGAGAAAGAAACCGAUGGACUGAAUUCAGAGAUAAAAUCACCGUUGUCAUACUCAAAUAAGGAGAACCUAAUGGAUAGCAACAGUUAGCUCCUCAAAAAACCAUAAGUGCCCGUUCAGAGACUAUCAAACCUUGAAUGGAAGUCGACACAUGUACAUUCAUGUACGUGUGUGGGUGUGUGCUUGGAUAUGUCUCAAGGGAGAUUAUCUUCUACAUCCACUAUGAUUGUUAAUCUUAAACAAUAUUUUCAUUGACUUCACCCGGGUACUUUCUUUGAUUGGAAGUUGGUUAUAGUGUUGAUGAAAAUAAUCAGUGCUAUCUGGAUCUGAAGAAGAGGAAUAAACCUUGAUGGGACUCCAGUGGAAACCACAACCAUGGCCUGCAACUAUCAAGUUUUAACUUUUGUCCUGGUUUGAGAUGGAUAAUAAAGUCGGUGUGUGCGGUGAUGUAGAGAUUAUGAUGCUAUGGUGAUUUUCAGUAUUAUCUCCUUCCCAUUAACUGCAGUUGAUGAAGGUAGCCAAGGAGUUCCCCAGGGCAAUGUCAUCUUCAGCUGUUUCAUCAAUGACCUUCCAUCCAUCGUAAGUUCAGAAGUGAGGAUGGUUACUGAUAGUUGCCCAAUGGUUUAAUUCCACACAUAUCUGAUGUUUGGAUUUACUGUUUCUCAUUAUAUUGAGGCUGUGCCCUUUGACCCGACACUAUCUAGGAUAAAGCAGCCCGCUUGACUGGCAAUACACAUCGUGGAACUCUCCACCCAGCAGCUCCAUGGGAGUCCCUUAACCAGAGGGACUGCAGCAUCUUAGCACCUCGAGGAUCAAUAGGGGUGGCAAAUAAAUGCUGGCUUCGUUGGUGAUGUGCAUGUCCCAAACGGAUGUACCUUUAAAAUGCAGAUGAGGAGGAUUUCCUUUCGCCAGAGGGUGUUGAAUCUGUGGAAUUUAUUGACCAAGACAUUUGGGUAUUUUUAAAGCAGAGAUUGAUAGGUUCUUGAAUAAGAAAGGGAUCAAAUGUUACAGGGAGAAGGCAGGAGAAUGGGGUUGAGGGAAUGAUUCAAUGGCGAAGUAGACUCGAUGGGUUGAAUUACCUAAUUCUGCUAUUAUGUCUUAUGGUCAUAAAAAUUGAAUAAAUAAAGGUAAAGUUGCUUCAAAUAUAGCGUACUCUUAUGUCUCACAAAUAUCUGCAGCUGUGAAAUCAUAAGUGAUGUAGAAAUCAUCAAUGACUGAACAACUUUGUACAGUACAAAUAUUGUGGGCCAAAGGGCCUAUUCUCGUGCUAUACUGCUCCUUUAGUUAAUUAUUAUAGAUAGUGCUACGGAAAGAAAACAGGUUCAAAACAGGAAAUGCCAGACCACAUAGUGCCUGCCUAGAGUGUCUCAACCGUUAUUUAUAAUGUUGUCAUAUAAAGAAACCAAAACUAUAGCCAGUCUUGCAGAUGUAGCCUCGCCAACAUUCUGCAUAAUUGCAACUAUUCUUCUCUGAUUUUAUAUUCUAACUCUCAACAAUAAAUAGUGUUACAGAGUCAUAGAGUGAUGCAGUGUGGAAACAGGCCCUUCGGCCCAACUUGCCCCCACCUGCCAAUAUGUCCCAGCUACACGAGCCCCACCUGCGAGCAUUUGGUCUAUAUCCCUCCAAACCUGUCCUAUCCAUGUACCUGUCUAACUGUUUCCUGAAUGUUUGGAUAGUCCCCGCCUCAACUACCUCCACCGGCAGCUUGUUUCAUAUCUCUACCACCCUUUGUGUGAUAAAGUUACCUCUCAGAUUCCUAUUAAAUCAUUUUCCCUUCACCUUAAACCUAUCUCCUCUGGUCUUCAGUUCACCUACUCUGGGCAAGAGACUCUAUGCAUCUGCCUGAAUAACGGGCACAAUUCUUUUUUUCCUUUCCCAAUUACCUGUGCCUGCCUGCUAAUUAUUUAUGUUUCAUGCACAAAAACAUUUUGAUCCCUCUGUCCGUCUCUCCUUUCCUAUCUCAUUUAGAUUAUGGUCUACCUUUCGAUUCCUCUUACCAAUCUUUUUUGGUGCCUUUCAUGUGGCGACUCUUUGCAUACCUUGGGUAUGCAAAACAAAUAAUAUCACUGUGACUUGUCACAUGUGACAAAGUAUCAUUCAUCAUUCAAUCUGUUUGAAAAUGCUCCUCCAAAUUGCCUUUGCAACCUUCUGCCACUAUAAAGAUAACACAUACUUUCAAGCUGUUGUUGUGGUUCAGCUUCCCAUUGAGUGAUGGUGCCAAAUGCUCAUUUACUCUCUUUAUUUUGUGCAGUAAAACAUCAUAUAUUUAGCCAAAAUGACUGGUCACUAGAUGACGUUAGGUUGUAGGGACUUCAUUUCAUUGACAAUCACAGGGGAUGUCUAUAAGAACCAAACCAUCAUUAGACAUUUAUUCCUCUACGUUUUGCUCCUUAUGGGAAAGCUUGUUGCUUCUCAUGCAUUUCCACCUCUCUGAACAUUGCUAUCUUCCUCAUCAAAGACAAUACAAGUUAGAGCAAAGCAUUAAGGGCAUGUCCCACUUGGGAGACCUAAUCCGCGAGUUCUGGUGAGUUUGCCCUCGACUCAUACUCGCAGCAUGGUUGACACGAGGUCGGAGGAAGUUUUUGUAACUCUUCUUCAUGCUCGAGAGUGGUCUCCACGUACUCGAGGCCUCAGCUAGGUCGCGGCGUUUUUUUCAAUAUGUUAAAAAAUGCCCACGAGUAUAAAAAGGUUGCCAUGGAAAAAAUCUAUACUUUUUUUACUCAUAGGUUUAGUCGUAGUAGGUCGUAGUAGAUUGGCAUGUUAGUCGUAGGUAAUCAAGGGUAGUCGAAGGUAGUCAUAGAUAGUCUUCAUCAUAGAAACAUAGAAAAUAGGUGCAGGAGUAGGCCAUUCGGCCCUUCAAGCCAGCACCGCCAUUCAAUAUGACCAUGGCUGACCACCCAACUCAGUUUCCUGUACCUGCCUUCUCUCCAUACCCCCUGAUCCCUUUAGCCACAAGGGCCACAUCUAACUCCCUCUUAAAUAUAGCCAAUGAACUGGCCUCAACUACCUUCUGGCAGAGAAUUCCAGAGAUUCAACACUCUCUGUGUGAAAAAUGUUUUCUUCAUCUCGGUCCUAAAAGAUUUCCCCCUUAUCCUUAAACUGUGACCCCUUAUUCUGGACUUCCCCAACAUCGGGAACAACCUUCCUGCAUCUAGCCUAUCCAACCCCUUAAGAAUUUGGUAAGUUUCUAUAAGAUCCCCCCACAAUCUUCUAAAUUCUAGCAAGUACAAGCCAAGUCUAUCCAGUCUUUCUUCAUAUGAAAGUCCUGACAUCCCAGGAAUCAGUCUGGUGAACCUUCUCUGUACUCCCUCUAUGGCCACCAUUGAGAUAAUAGUCUGCUUUCCUGUUUUUGCCUUCAAAAUGGAUAACCUCACAUUUAUCCACAUUAUACUGCAUCUGCCAAACAUUUGCCCACUCACCCAGCCUAUCCAAGUCACCUUGCAGUCUCCUAGCAUCCUCCUCACAGUUAACACUGCCCCCCAGCUUAGUGUCAUCCGCAAACUUGGAGAUAUUGCCUUCAAUUCCCUUGUCCAAAUCAUUAAUAUAUAUUGUAAAUAGCUGGGGUCCCAGCACUGAGCCUUGCGGUACCCCUCUAGUCACUGCCUGCCAUUGUGAUAAGGACGCGUUUACUCAUACUCUUUGCUUCCUGUUUGCCAGCCAGUUCUCUAUCCACAUCAAUACUGAACCCCCAAUACCGUGUGCUUUAAGUUUGUAUACAGGGUACUAAUCUCUUAUGUGGGACCUUGUCGAAAGCCUUCUGAAAGUCCAGAUAUAACACAUCCACUGGUUCUCCCUUAUCCACUCUACUAGUUACAUCCUCGAAAAAUUCUAUAAGAUUCGUCAGACAUGAUUUACCUUUCAUAAAUCCAUGCUGACUUUGUCCAAUGAUUUCACCACUUUCCAAAUGUGUUGCUAUCCCAUCUUUAAUAACUGAUUCUAGCAGUUUCUCCACUACCGAUGUUAGACUAACUGGUCUGUAAUUCCCCGUUUUCUCUCUCCCUCCCUUUUUAAAAAGUGGGGUUACAUUAGCUACCCUCCAAUCCUCAGGAACUACUCCAGAAUCUAAAGAGUUUUGAAAAAUUAUCACUAAUGCAUCCACUAUUUCUGGGGCUACUUCCUUAAGUUCUCUGGGAUGCAGCCUAUCUGGCCCUGGGGAUUUAUCAGUCUUUAAUCCAUUCAAUUUACCUAACACCACUUCCCGGCUAACCUGAAUUUCACUCAGUUCCUCCAUCUCAUUCGACCCCCGGUCCCCUACUAUUUCCAGCAAGAUUAUUUAUGUCUUCCUUAUUGAAGACAGAACCAAAGUAGUUAUUCAAUUGGUCUGCCAUGUCCUUGUUCCCCAUUAUCAAUUUACCUGUUUCUGACUGCAAGGGACCUACAUUUGUUAAAGGAACUACAUAUAGUCAAAGGUUUGACAAUAUGUUUGACUACAUAUAGUCAAAGGA